UGAAUUCUCCUUUUUGUUUCACGAUUUGAUGCACAGUCGAGACUCACAAGACGAGGGCUUUCCUAGGUCCAACAAGUGGAGCAAGACCGAUUAUAGCCAACCACAAGAUUCCCGUUGAAUGCCAUAGGCGAUGCUGGUUUUAGGCAGUUCAUGCGCGGCAAACCUACUGGACUUGCCAACAGGUACCGGGCCUUGUUGCUUGCGGCGAGCCAAAAACGAAGGAUUGCUGGUGACAGUUUGCUCGCGGUGUGGACAGAAAACGUUGGAACAAUUGCGGCUUGCCGACGGCGGAGUGAUGCAUAGUGUGCAGCAUUGUACAAAUUGUGACACACUAUGGCAGCGUGAUGCCAAUGCCAGCCGUAACAUUCGUCUUAUCGCAGCCGCAUUGGCUUACGGCCAAGAAUAUUCAGUGGUAUACAAUCGCUCUCCUUCCACGUAACAAAAACGUAUGAUGGUUACAGUUCGGUAAGUUUUCUCGGAAAAGAACCUUGUCUAAUUUUUGUGGCACAACACUGUA